CUAGCGGGAAGCGUGUCCUUGCCAACAGGGUUGGGGAGCAGAUGGAAUGUCAGGAGAUGGACAUGGUGGGUCUCAACCUCCCCUGCUCUGUACGGUAAACUUUUAAGUUACCGAAUAGGACGUGCCCACCGAGCAAAAAGCCGGCUGGUGGUAGAGAAUUUAAGAUGAUGGGAAUUUUUGGUUUCGAGGAGUGAGGCGAGACACCAGUGGGUAAAGUUUUGGUGCAUAAUCACCUGGUUAACUUCGUUGGCAAGGACGGUUAUUUAAGUUGGAGGCUGUAGGGCAAUAAGUGUAAAUUAUAUGUUAAUUUAUAUGUUAAUUAUGGUAUGUAUAUAUAUUUAUCUGUUUAUUUAUAUUUGAAUUAAAGAAAAAGAAUAAAGUUCGGAUGAGUCCUACAGUUGUAAGUUUAAUAAAUGCUGUGGCCUGUUUCAUCCAAUAUUCGUUGUUUGUCAUUAUUGGGGGGAGAAUUGGGGUAGUCUCCUUAUUCUUAGUCACACCACAUUCCCCGCUAUAUAUCAUAUCAAUACAGUCAGGUGGUCAAAUGAGAAUACAAUCUGGAUUGGGUUUUCAUUUUAAUUUUUAAUACAUCUGAACAAUAUGAACUGGUAUUAUAUUGUAUAGCUGCAAAAAAUUAUAUUCUUUUAAACUCGUAAUUUUUCUGCAUUUUACUUUUAGAGGGAGUAGCACGGAAAACUUUUUCAAGGUCUUGUGAAAAACGGAGCUCUUGUGGAAUUUCUGGAACCAUUGGUUACCUGAAAGGAAAAGUGAAAACUGCAACCUCCUGUUGUUUCACAGAUGGCUGUACUCCUUCCAGUCCUGCAUGUAAGUGAUAAUAUCUUAUCAAACACACACACUUCUCUACAAUGUAAAACAUUACCUAUGCUCUUUCCCAAAUCCUUACGUAUAUUUAAACAAAUGGAGGUUUUUAGUUACCUCCAAUGGCCAUGAGUGGGUAUGCCCACCUGCCACGUCAAGGCAGACCUCUUAGGUGGGUACUAACUCUAACCAUUCACCUUGCUUCCUUGAGCUUCUGGCAAAGAUAUCUCUAAUGAGACAGAAAGGGGUAUUUUUUUUGUAUACAUCCCUACAUGCUUAUUAACCCUUAAUAGGGAACACAUGGAGGUUUGAGCGCAGGACUUGGUUUUUUUGUAUCACACAGCUAUGUUACAAUGCUGCUACCCACCUAAAAGGCAGGUGGGCAUACCCUCUCAUGGCAGGUGGGCAUACCCUCUCAUGGCCAGUGGAGGUAACUAAAAACCUCAAUUUGUUUAAAUAUACAUAGGGAUUUGGGAAAGAGCACAGGUAACUUUUUUUUCUUUGGUUUUUACUGUAUGUAUUUGGGCUGAUGUGUACUAUGGUCGUUGCUGCCACCCAGGAGUAAUAGGAGUUUGAGCGCAGGACUUGGUUUUUUUGUAUUUGACUUCUCUACUGUGUUUUGGAUUGAUUUCCCAUUUUUACAGAGGUAUUUAACCCUGAAUAUGAAUAUACAGAAUGGACACAUAGAAACUUUAUUUUCUGACGACAAUGGUUCUGCCACAAACAAAGCAGCAUUGUUAAAAACCAGUAUCAAACUGGCAGCACUUAAAGUCACCAAAACAACUUUAACUUAAUGAAGCAGUUUUGGUGUAUACAUCAUGCCCCUGCAGUCUCACUGCUCAAUUCUCUGCCAUUUAGGAGUUAAAUCACUUUGUAUAUGAACCCUAGUCACACCUCCCUGCAUGCGACUUGCACAGAAUUUCUAAACACUUCCUGUAAAGAGUCACCUAAAGUUUAUCCUUCCUUUAUUGCAAGUUCUGUUUAAUUUAGAUAUUCUUAUCCCCUGCUUUGUUAAUAGCUUGCUAGACCCUGCAAGAGCCUACUGUAUGUGAUUCAAGUUGAAUUUACAGAGAAAGAGAUACAAUUGUUUAACCCGUUAAAGACUGGACUGUUUUUGCGAUGUUGUACAUUUGCGACCAGGCAUAUUUUUACAUUUUUGUGGUGUUUGUGUUUAGCUGUAAUUUUCCGCUCUCUCAUUUACUGUUCCCAUACAAAUUAUAUAUUGUUUUUUUCAGGACAAAAGGGGCUUUCUUUACAUACCAUUAUUUAUAUAAUCUCAUGUAAUUUGAUUUUAAAUUUUUUUAAAAAUUUGAUGAAAAAUUUAGAAAAAUACAUGUUUUUUGACUUUUACUUGAAAAAUCUUUUACUCAUCUACAAAAGCAAAUUAAAAAACUGCUAAAUAGAUUCAAAAUGUUGUCCUGGGUUUAAAAAUACCCAGCGUUUACGUGCUUUUUUUCUUUUUUUUUUUUGCAUGUUAUAGGGCUAUAGGUACAAGUAGGAUAUUGCGGUUUCAAAACAUACAUUUUUAAAAUUUAUCAAUAGUGACAUUGUAACACUAUUAUCUGUCAUAAAUCUCUGAAUAACACCCCACAUGUACAUAUUUUUUUAAAAGUAGACAACCCAGGGUAUUCAAUAUGGGGUAUGUCCAGUCUUUUUUAGUAGCCACUUAGUCGAAAACACUGGCCAAAGUAAGCAUUCAUAUUUGUUUGUGUGUGAAAAAAGUAAAAAAACUAAAUUGAAGCUAAUUUUGGCCAGUGUUUGUGACCAAGUGGUUACUAAAAAAGACUGGACAUACCCCAUUUGCAAUACCUUGGGUUGUCUUCUUUUGCAAAUGGUAUGCCAUCAUGGGGGUAAUUCUCAUUCCUGGGCUACCAUACGCUCUCAAAGGCAACGUAACCAACCUGGCCAUUUUCAAUGUAAAAAUAUUUGACCCAUAUAUUUGACCUUGUAACUUUCAAAAAUGCUAUAAAACCUGUACAUGGGGGGUACUGUUUUACUCGGGAGACAUCGCUGAACACAAAUAUUAGUGUUUAAAAACUGAAAACGUAUCACAACAAUUAUAUCAUCAGUAAAAGUGCUGUUUGUGUGUGAAAAAUGCAAAAAAAAAGUCACUUUCACUGACAAUAUCAUCGCUGUGAUAUGUUUUACUGUUUUGAAUCACUAAUAUUUGUGUUCAGCGAAGUCUCCCGAGUAAAACAGUACCCCCCAUGUACAGGUUUUAGGGUGUCGUAGAACGUUACAGGGUAAAAUAUAGUGCUAGCAAAUUAAAUUCUCUGGACUUUCGGCCUGGGUUGGCAGGCAGGUCCCUCAAAUUGCAAUCAAUAAAAUUACUUAAUUAUGUAAAAUAUUACAUAAAUACGCACAUAGAAUUUAAAUAUAUAUGCAUAUUUAUAUAUUUGAAGUCUACGUGUAUAUUUAUAUAAUUAUUUAUGUAAUUUUGUAUAUGGACAUAUGUAUAUUUCGUAUUAUUUUUAUUUAUUUAUAUAUACAUAGAUAUAUAUACAAAUUCAUUCUAAGUGUAUUUUGAUAUAAAUAUAUAUAUAUAUAUAUUAAGUUUAAAAUACAGUUAGAAUAAAAUUUCAUAUAGAUAUAUAAUUUCUUUUAAAUUUUUAUUAUUCUUUUUAAAAAAUUACAUUUAAUUUAAAUUACUUAUUAUUUAUAUUUCAUAAUAAUAUAUAUAUACAAUAUAUAUAGUUAUUAUAUAUAUUAUAUAUAUACGUGUGUAAUUUAAUUAUGAUUGUAUUUUUAUAUUAAUAUAAGUACAUAUUAAUAUAAAAAUACACUUAGUAUGACAUUAUAUAUAUGAUAUAUAGACAUAUAUAUUUUAUUUUUUUUAAUUAACAUUAAGUUUAUUUAUUUUUUAUUGAUUUUACAGUUGCAGGGAGACACAUGGACACCUAUUAUGACCAUGUGAUCGCUUUGUUGAGCGAUCACAUGGCCACAGGGGUCCUAAUCCAGUGUGGGGAGACUGUCUGGGCUGAGGGCAGUCUGCCCACAACGGGAGCAACACUGAUCGCCGCCGGGGGAACGACGGCGAUCAGGUAAGUAACUAGGACCGUUAGGAUGGUUCAGGACCGUCAUCGGUCGGCAAUGGGAAAAUGCCGAUGACGGUCCUGAACCGUCCUCGGUCCUUAAGGGGUUAAGGUAAAUUACAUCUGACUGAAAGUGAAACCUGUUUUUAUUUUCAUGCAGGCUGUGUCAAUCAGAGUCAGGGGAGGUAUGACAAGGGUUGCAUAAACAGAAACAAAGUGAUUUGACUCUUCAAUGACAGUGAAUUGAGCAGUGAAACAUGAGAAGCAUGAUCUAUCCACAAAAUCUGCUUCAUUAAGCAUAAAGUUGUUUAGGUGACUAUAGUGUUCCUUUAAACACAAUUAAAACAUAGGCAACAAUUAAAAAGGACAAGGAAUGAGUUGCAAAAAAGGUAUCUCACAGCUGCUAGUUAUAAUGUUCAAUGACUCUUGAGCUGCUGGUAGGGUGAAGGUGAUGAGUGGAAAUAUAGCAGGAGAAAAGAACCUGGUUCAUUGGGAGACUUAGGUCACUGGAACAUAACAUGAAAGUGAAGAGCACAGUCUGAAUAGGGUGGUUUGAGAAGUUGUACUGCUGUCCAUUAGUAGAAACAUCCUUUUCUUUUUCUUAAAUUCUCCUUGUGUGGGAAGAUAAGUGUGUAGGGGCACAGUGAUGUUCUUAUGAAAUCAUCCAAGCACCAUAGUGGUUAUGUAGUGGUUAUGUUGCCAGGAGUGUUUUGACCAUUUAAGAAUGGUUUGACAACUUACCUGGAUUCCGCUGUGUACCUGUAUUUGCCUCACCAAGUCUCUGGUAUUUCAUUGAUCAUAUUGACAGUUCCACUCUCUGAAGUGGGAGAGCAGGAACUAAAGUUUUGUUCUCCCUUCAUGUCUUUCAGAAUGGCUUCUUUUUCUAUCUUCCCAUUGUCAGCCUUAGAAAAAGAUUGCCUUGAUCACCAUAAGUUAAUUUUAUUAUGCACUUUUCAUAUCACAUCAAGCCACCUAUCACAACUUUGCUGAACUGGGACGAGGGGAGCACUCGGUCAACCCCUAAAGUACUUCAUCAAAGUGAAUGCUGAAAUGGCUUUAGGGGUCAGGAGCAGCCUCAAAUUGCCAGCACAUUUGGAGGACCUUGAUGCCCUGACAAGAAAGAUCAAAGGAUCCACCUUGCUGACCCAAGCAGGGCAACACAUUUACAAAAAGGGCACUCUUUCUGACCCCCAGGGAUUUGUGUGUGUUUCAUCCAUGGCCCAAGGUAACAGCAUGGAGGGGGAAUUAAUGCUUUAUGUUGCUAAUAAUUAUUCAAUUAUUAAAGCCCCUAUCCCACCCCUAUGCACACCUACUAACCCCCUUACUAUACCCACAAAACACAUACUAGACCCCUACCUGCACACACUAUACCCUUAUACAUACAAACUAUACCCCCUGCACACAUGAAAACUAAAGCCCAUGUAGAAAUACAAGCGUGCACACACACACACACACACACACAUACUACAGUUCCUAUAUACACAGUGCAACAACAGUACAAUCAAACACACUGCAGCCUCUAUACAAACACAAUACACUCCCAGAGACACACAACCAACAGUCGAUAUACUCAUACAAUAUUGCCUCUACCAACGCACACAAAUGUACAUAUUAUACAUUACCUAGAUGUCAUAAGUCAAGUCACGUCUUUGUGCUGAUCUAUAAACCUUUUCAGCAUAAAAAAUAUAAAAGAAUCUCAAAGACCUAGGUUCCUUGACAAACUUAUCAGAGCAGGGAAUUGAUGAAUUUGUGGAUACUCAUAAAACCUAGCUGAGAAAUGCAUGGCUGUAGCUGAAUAAGUUACAGCAUUCUGCCGUAAAGUGAUAGGAUUAGAAGAGCAUUCUAGACAUAACUCUGAACAUUCAAGCCAUUCCAGAAAUGUUCUCUAUAUGAAUUCAACCAAUAUCUUCAGAAAGUGCUCUGAAGUAUCUUAAAAUAAGCCCCAGAGAUUUUCUAGGAAAAUCUCAUUAACUUCCAUGACAUGUAUCCACUAAAAAUAAUCCAAUGGAUGAUUCCACAAAAGUUUCUUAUUUCAUACAAAGGCUUCACAAAUUGUAGUCUAAACCUCAGAUAUCUCUAGAAUUAUCCUCUCUCCAGAUCUCUCUGCUCUUGUAAUUCAACAAAGAUAAGAAAAUUCUAGUUUUACCUCUGCACUACAGAUUGCCAAACAUCCAAAACAACUGGUGUGAUAUAUUUCCAGUAAGUUUGGUCAUGAUUUUCACUCUCCACCAAAAUAUGAAACUAAAUCAGGCCCGAUAGUGUGAAGUACUUCCAAAUAUUUGUGGUCAUGAAUCAUAAUACAAUAUGGUCCUCCAAUGCUGUCACCAAAUAUCCAUAAUUUUUAAUUUGACAUAGAUGGUUUAUUAUAACUUUGGUUUAUUUAGCAGCAUCAUUAGUAAGAAUUCUUUGCUCUUCAUUUAUAUCAGACUCAUCUAGGACAAAAAUAAUUCAGGUUUGUGUCUUGACAAUCUAAACAAUUAAGAAUAUAUAUAUAUUAUUGUGAGAAGGCAUAGAUGAAAUAUAGAAUUAGAAUGCAGGGGGAAAAAAGCUGUCUGGUUUAAUUAUUAUGGUCAGCUAAGCUCAUUCCAAAAUAUUCUUUGAAUGUAGGUCUCUUUGUCUAUCUAGCCAAAGGUCCAAAGAUUACAAUUAUCUGUGUCCUCAUUAUGACGUUCCGCCUCUCUGUUUGUAAUUUAAGUGCCAAGUGAUAGUACACAGAGGGUUGGUCUGACCUGUUCCAGUUGCACCUCGUUAGACUCUGCCUGGUGUCAUACAAAGGAAACCAUUGAAUGCACUGGGGAUGAGAGACGAUGCAUUUUCAAAGCUACAACCAUCUCAGGUACUUCCUUUUCAACUUUCCAUUAUUCUAUUUAAAGCAAAAUAGUCACUACACAGUUUAUGUGUGCAUUGUAUUUGCUAAUCUAUAAAACGAUUUUUCAAAAAUAAAUGAAUAAUUACUUUAAUGUAUUACAUUGGUUUUUCAGGUCCCAAGUACAGCAGAUCAGCAGUCAGAGGCUGUGCCACGAAAACUCUUUGUGACACUGGAAGCCAGAGCCAAGAUUUUGGAAAUGGAAUAAAAGUGAAUACAGACGUUACUUGCACGAGUGACAGCACUGAUCUACAGCUAAACCUGCUCCUUCUGACAAUGGUGUCAUUAUUAUUAGCAAACCUAAUGCAUUGUACCUAAUAUCGAUGUAUUUCUGUGUGUACCUAUAUAUGUAUGGAUGUACGUAUGUGUGUUUGUGCGUCAAACACACAAGAGCAUGUGUUAAGCAUUGAUGCACAAUGCAUGGGAUAUUCUUUCAAUAAUAUAUAAUGUUCAGUAACAGUAAUUCUGAAUCAUAAAUGUAUCAUAGGAUUCAAGAAUUUACUGUAUUAAAUGUGGUUUGUCAGUUUGUAUUAGGACAAGAGAACAGAUAUUACAUGUAAAGUGAAUUGACAGAACUAUGGCAGAACUACACAUCAUCAAUAAACUUACAGAAAUGAUCUAAGAGGAGCAUCUGUUUGUAUAAAUAAAGAAUGGUGAUACCAAUUCUUGAAAUUACUGGGGUCAUACCAGCACAAAAAAACUCUAAUUCACUACAAAUGCAAAAAGAAAUGGGGGCUCAAUAUAAGUUGUAGGAUGUACUUAUUCAAUGAACACAAAAAAAACCAGUAAAAUAAGGGUGCGCCUAAAAUAUUUAGUAAAACGUAUAAAAUAUAUU